UGAGCUCAAUAAUAAUAAUAAAUAAAUAAAUAAAUAAUCUUUUUUACCAAGAGAAAAGGAAAGUGGGAAGUUGGAAUCCAAUCCUCCCACUCGAGCUCAGCUGGUUAAACAAAUAAAAUUUCACUAAAAAAAAAAAAAUUUCAAAACGAUGACGUUGGCUUUCAAGAAGUACAGUUGCCAAUUAAGCCAAUUGAAAAUGCAUCAGCUAAGCAAGCAAAAAGCACAGCAAAAAUGCUGCUUCGAAACCGCCUAAUCACUCUCUUAUCGCCACCAUCACUUCCUUUGCCUUUCAAUAAAUCUCUCUCCUUUACUAUCGCUUUCCACUUCUCAGCUCAAAGCUCUCCGCACCCAAAAUUCUCCGCUUCAAAAACCGCCAAACCGUCAACCGCUGACUCCGCCCGGUUCGCCAGGACCGUGCUCUUUGUCCCUCCCGGAGUCGACCCAGAUGAGGUAACGGAGAAUAUGGUUUUACCUGGGUCGAACAUUGUUGUCGGACCCUACGCGGGUCAUUCACAGAUUAAAGAAGUGGAGUUUGUUAAGAGUAGUAGUCGGGCUAGAGAUUGCCCGAGAGAGGACCGACCGGAGUUUGCAAUUCUGGGUCGGUCUAAUGUUGGAAAGUCUUCACUUAUUAAUGCUCUUGUUAGAAAGAAAGAAGUUGCGCUUACUUCUAAAAAACCAGGGAAGACCCAGUUGAUUAAUCAUUUUUUGGUGAACAAAAGUUGGUAUAUUGUGGAUUUGCCUGGUUAUGGAUUUGCUAAAGCCCCAGCUUCUGCUCAAACGGAUUGGUCUUCAUUCACUAAAGGCUAUUUUUUGAACAGAGAAACUCUAGUUGCUGUUCUCCUUCUCAUUGAUGCAAGUGUUCCCCCUCAAAAGAUUGAUCUAGAUUGUGCUGAUUGGCUUGGACGCAAUAAUAUACCAUUGACUUUCGUUUUCACAAAGUGUGACAAAAUGAAAGGGGGCAAAAGUACAAGGCCUGAUGAGAACAUCAGGAAUUUCCAAGAGUUGAUCAGACAAAAUUACCAGGAACAUCCCCCAUGGAUCAUGACUAGUAGUGUCACUGGCUUGGGCAGGGAUGAGCUUCUCCUACAUAUGUCACAGCUAAGGAACUAUUGGGAUCAAUAAAAUGUGAGUCAAAACUACCGCUUAAUGAAGUUUAUCUGGAAAAAGGUAGCCUAAAUAGAUGUUUACAGUUUUUAAUUCCCAGCUCUUUCUUUUUUCUUGUUACAUGUUGAUUCUUCCAGAGAAAGUUAUAUUAAAAUAUAUCUAGAAUCAGCAACUUGUGUUUUGAUGUAACAUGAAUUGAUGUGUAUAUAGAUGAAUUACGUCUUACCCUUAUUCCAAA